UUCUCCCUCCAAUAUCAUCCCAGUACCAACACCCGAGCAAGUAAGGCUUCCCUGCCGGGUUGUUGAGGUAAAAUAUGCUCAAUAUCCCAUCUAAUCAAUAGCCGUACAGCCUUGUUGGCAUGAUGAAGUUAAACACUUCGCGUGACCCCCAUCUGCUCCUACCUCACUGUGUCUACCGUGGACACCGGGUGUGGUGGAUGCACUUGGGCUCCUCUCUCGCCAUCAGCCUGGGAGGUCUGCUGCUGCUUCUGGUCUUCAGGGCCUUUUCCUGGCACCUGAACAAGGUUGAUGCUGCACGGCCUGGAUGGACUGACAAAGAUGAGCGAAGAAUGAGUGUGACUCCUACAGUUUCAAUCCGUUUCAAUCUUUCGUCUGCUUUGAAAGAAUGGGCGGUAGGGGUUAUCUCUGCUCAACAUGUCUCAGGACAAAUUCUGAUGGUAAUUUUCUUCUGUUUCAACACUGGGUCUUUCGUACUGUACCUACUGGAGACACCAAAGCCCGUUGAGUACUGCAUGAAGGAUUAUGAUGCCGCAUUUCUCAUAGACCUGGCUUUCAAUGUGGUGCACCUUCUUCAUUUUGGGCUCAGGUUUCUUGCAGCUCAGGAUCCUUUGGAGGUCUGGAUUGAGAAGAAGACUCUGGUCGACUUCUUGACAAUUCCACCCUGCUUCGUGAUGCUCUACACACGGCGAGCAUGGCUCGGGCUUCGAUUUCUCAGGGCAUUGAACAUCCUAGAGCUAUCACUGAUCUUCCAGAUACUUGGACUACUCAAGAACAAUACAUCUUUGAAGAUGUCCCGUCUGAUUGCCAUUCUGUUUACAACCCUCCUCACCUCUGCCGGAUUCAUCCACCUGCUGGAGUCCACAGGUGACCCCUGGAGGGAUUUCAGCAACAGGACACGCCACAGCUACUUCGAAUACAUCUACUUAGUGAUUGUCACCAUGUCAACAGUGGGCUAUGGAGACGUGUACGCCAGCACCACUCUGGGCCGACUGUAUGUCUCAGUUUUCAUCGCAAUUGGCCUGGGUUUAUUUGCCGCCUACGUCCCAGAGGUUGUGGGGAUCAUCAUCAACCGGGAGAGAUUCGGUGGAAUAUACAGAGAUGAGGGGAAAUUACAUGUAGUGGUGUGUGGACACAUCACUCUGGCCAGCGUUUCAUCAUUCAUGAGAGAGUUUUUCCAUGAGGACAGAGGAGUGGUUAACAUACGAGUGGUCUUCUUGGGCAAUUUUUGUCCUGACCAGGAAUUGGAGGCAUUCUUCAACAGGUGGUUCAUGAACGUGCUCUUCUACCAAGGCUCUGUACUGAAGCGGACGGACCAGGAGAGAGUCAGGAUGCGUAAAGCGAGUGCUUGCUUGAUUCUCUGUGACAGAUAUGGAGCUGACCAGCACCAUGAGGAUGUCACCAAUCUCAUGAGGGUGAUCUCCAUAAAGCAACACUGCCCCAACACCAGAGUCAUUGUCCAGAUGCUAAAGCACAACAGCAAGGCGUACCUGCAGAACGUGUCCAACUGGGAGUGGAGCAACGGUGACGACGUGAUCUGCCUGGCGGAGCUGAAGCUGGGCUUCAUGGCACAGAGCUGCCUGGUGCCAGGCCUCUCCACCCUCCUCUCCAACCUCUUCAGCAUGCAGGGCGCCGAACAGGAUGGAGAUCAAUCCUGGCGAAGUCUUUACAAAGAGGGAAUGAACAAAGAGAUCUACACCGAGUACCUCUCCAACUCCUUCACUGGCUUCUCGUUUGCACAAGCUGCCAAGUUGUGUUUCCUGCGUCUGCAUCUGAUCUUGAUCGGCAUCGAGUAUCAAAGUGGAACAGAGGAGUUCUGUGUUUUAGUGAAUCCUCCAAGCCAUAUAAGGAUAAAGCCCAAGACUCUCGGCUUUCUCAUUGCAAGUGAUGCAGCAGAUGCACAUAGAGCCAACUAUUACUGCGCAUACUGCCACAGUGACAUGGAAGACAUCUCUGGAAUUAAACCAUGCAAGUGUGAGAACGUUACUACGGCCUCCUCUUCACUCCUCAGUCUGAGCAUCAGGCAGCCCUCCCUGGGAGUUCUCCCCUCCUGGCAGGAGACACAGUCCCAUGGCUCAGACUGUGAGGAGGAGGAAGACGUCUCACUGGACUCCACAGGCAUGUUCCACUGGUGCAGCCCCGUCCCACUGGAGGAAGUCUCAUUGUCCAGGGAGCGGGCCUCCAUCCUGCCCCUCAACCAGCACGUGGUGGUGUGCCUGUUUGGGGACGCCAGCUCCAGCCUGCUGGGCCUGUCCGACUUCAUGAUGCCGCUGAGGGCCAGCAGCCACACCACGCCCGAGCUCAAGACCGUCGUCUUCCUGGGCGACCCCGAGUACUUCCGCCGCGAGUGGCCCAGCAUACAGUACUUCCCCAAGAUCUACUUCCUGCCUGGCUCUCCCCUGUGCACUGCCGACCUGCGUGCGCUGCGCCUGGAGAGCUGUGCCAUGUGCGUGGUGCUGAGCAGCUUCAGCCACCGGGAGCACGCCGAGUCCUCCAUGCAGGACAAGGAGACCAUCCUGGCCUGCGUCAACCUAGUCCACACGCGCUUCAGCCGCGAGCCGCCCGCCCGCGCCACCAGCCUGCUCGGACGACGCAGCAGCUACGGCUACCCAGGACCAAGACUACCCGAGGAAUCUCCCCCUCCUCCCAGAAAAGGAACCAUCAUCCCCCUGCUGGUUGAGCUGGUGAACACCAACAACGUGCAGUUUGUGAGUGAUGUGGAGGAGUACAAGAAUUUGGACUCCAUGUACCUGACUCAGGCCUUCGCGGUGGGCUCUGUCUUUUCCAUGGAUCUGCUGGACUCUCUCAUGGCGGCAACCUACUUCAAUGCAAAUGUGCCCAACCUGAUCAACACGCUGGUAACGGGCGGGGACACGCCGGCGCUGGAGGCUCAGCUGGCCGAGGACAACCGCCUGCGCGAGGGUGACAUGAGCUCCCAACUGAACACGCUCCGCCAGCGCUCCAAACUGGCACAGCUGGCCCUGGAGGAGGAGCCGCUCUCCAGCCUACGUUGCAGCACAUACAAAGACCUGUUCGUGCAGACAUUGGAUAAGCUGGAGAUCCUUUGCUUUGGCCUCUAUCGACUGCUUGAACCUCCCAACCCUUCAAUGAAGAGGUUCGUGAUCACCACCCCACCGGGUGACCUCCCCCUGGACCCGGGUGAUCGCGUCUUCUGCUCCGUGCCUUUCCACCAGAGUCACCUGCUGCUGAAGCGCGCCCCCUCCUGGACCCCUCCCUCCAUGCCGCCGCCCAGACACCGCCAGGUUUGGGGAGCAUGUGGCAGCGAAGACUCGGGCCCACCCUCCUUGGCCUCCCUGCCGGAGAACUUUUUUACGAGAGUACGUAACAACUCACAACCAUACUAAAUGAGUAAAUAGAUUGAAAAAUAAAUAAAUAAAAUAGAAUAACUUGUGGGCUGAGGCAAACUUUCGUACGAGAUCACGUCAA